AUGGAAAAAAGUACAAUGACCGACCUGCUGAAGCAAGUAAUGCAGCUAUUCGAAGACACAGCCGAAACUGUAUAUAAUCAGAUGAGGAGAGAUGUCAAAUUAAAAAUAGAGGAGAUAGCAGAUAAAGGCCUGACAACUAUGCUAGAAAUCAGUAGAAGAAUAGCGGAAGGAAAAAUGGAAACAGGAAAGGAAGAGGUUAAAGGGAAAGUGGAAGAGCAAUUGAGAGAAAUAAAGGAAAUGAUAGGAAAUAAUAUGAAAGAAUGGAGAGAAGAAAAGGAAAAAGAAGAAAAUAAAAGGCAAGAAGCAGAAGAAGCCAUCACAAAUAUAAUUGAAAAAGAGAUGAAAAAUAUAAAUGGGAAAAUUGAAUCAUCAGAAGACAAUAUAACAGCAGAAGUGAUAGACCUGCAAAACAAAAUAAAAAUAAAUCUUGAAAGUGAAAUAGAAAGAAAAAUUAGCAAUAUAUUGGGCCCAGUAGAACGCUCGAUGAUUAAAUGCAGUACAAAGGAUAUAAUAUAUGAAAUUCAAAGCGUCAAAAAGAAGGUGGAAAGUGAAAUGGACAGAUUGAUAAUCAAAGUGGUAUACGCGAGGAAGGAAAAAACCGAAGAAACAAGAGACGAAAUUAAAAGAACAAUAACGGAAAGCAGAAAAGAAGGUGACCAGGGAGGACGUACGGAUUCGUACGCCAACAUAACAAUAGGGCGUAGGCAUCAACCAAUUGAGACACUGCACUCUAUAACAAUAGCAUCAGAAAACGCAAAUGAAACCAGCGAGGAAGUCCUGCAAAAGACGAGUACAAUACUGGAAGCAGAAAAAGGAAAGGUGAGGAUCGAUAGAGUAAGAAAGAGCAAAUACCAAAAAAUCGUUAUAGGGUGCAACCAAAGAAUGGAAAUAGAAAAAAUAGAAGAAAAAUUAAGGAAGGCAAAGGGACUCAUAGUAGAAAAGAUGACGAACAAAGACCCACUAGUCAUUCUGAAGAAUGUCAUAUAUAAGAUGACGGACGAAGAAGCCAUAGAGAGACUAAUAAGGCAAAACGGGGAAAUAUUCGGAAAAGAGGAAGAAAAAGAAAUAAAAAUAAAGUUUAGAAAGAAAACUAGAGACAUAGAACGAUGCCAUAUGAUACUCCAGGUCAAACCAACGAUCUGGAACAGAAUGAUAAAACAAGGGCACCUCUACAUGGGGAUGGAAAGGGUGAGGGUCGAAGACCAAUCGCCCCUCAUUCAAUGUACGAGGUGCCUGCAAUUCGGUCACGGCCGAAAAUUUUGUACGGAGAGUGCGGACAGGUGCAGCCACUGCGGGGGCCCUCAUCUCCGAGCUGAGUGCCCGGAUAGAGGGGAACCUCCGAGGUGCUGCAACUGUGUGCACUCAAAACAGGAUAAUACCGACCAUAAUGCGUUCAGCCAGGAAUGUCGUACUAGAGAGAAGUGGGAGUACCUGGCUCGCUCUACUACGGCAUACAUAUAGGAAGGCAUAUAACAAGGAACACAAGAAAUAAAAAACAAAAUUAUAAAAAAGACAGUCAAUACACACAGAAAUACAACAAUAUACACACAAAAAACACACACAAAGGAAAAUCACAAGUCUAAAGGGAACAUUAUUGAAAUGAGACCAGAGGACAUAAAGACAACACAAAAUACACAAAAACCAUAA